AGAGCAACGAACCAUGGCAGCUAUGGUAGCCCUCUGCAGUGGGCUAGGAAGGGGAACGUUAACGCACUUCUUAACGGCUGCUGUCUGCCUCACAGAUUCUGGGGCUCAUGCAGUGCUGUGGAGAAGUUGUUCACAAUAUAAACAGGCAACCAGCAAUGAGGACCUGCCUGUUCCAAUGGAAAAUCCUUAUAAGGAGCCUCUGAAAAAAUCUAUCUUGUGUGGAAAACGUGUAGAUUAUAAGAAUGUACAGCUUUUAUCCCAGUUUAUUUCUCCAUUUACUAGAUGCAUUUAUGGAAGGCACAUAGCAGGUCUUUGUGGGAAGAAACAAAAAGAAAUCACAAAAGCAAUUAAGAGAGCUCAAAUAAUGGGGUUUAUGCCAGUUACAUACAAGGAUCCUGCAUAUCUCAAAGACCCUAAAGUUUGUAACAUCAAAUACAGGGAGUAAAUUCUAUAGAGUUAUCAUCAAUAAAUUUAUUUUACAGUUGUGUGGUGGUAAUACUGGCUCAGACUGUAAGAUUUAAUAACCUUUGAGUAGAGAAGUGAUAGGCUAAAUCUUAUCAAACUAUAA